ACUCUUAAAAAUAUUACAAAACUAGAUCGCUCCGACCGGAGCUCUAACCUGCUCCAUCUUUUUCUUUCGUUCAACCCUGCGAUCCCCUUUCUUCAAUUGUAUAGAGUUACAUCAAUACAACUUACAACUAUUGACAGAUCACACGCAAAUUAGGGUUAAAAUGUUGCGGUUGAAAGCAAUUCGGCCGACGAAUGACAAGAUCGUGAAGAUCCAAUUGCAUCCUACGCAUCCGUGGCUUGUAACCGCUGAUGCAUCUGAUCACGUUUCAGUUUGGAAUUGGGAACACCGCCAGGUGAUAUAUGAGUUGAAAGCUGGAGGUGUUGAUGAACGGCGUUUGGUUGGUGCGAAGUUGGAGAAGCUUGCAGAGGGCGAAUCAGAUUCUAAAGGGAAGCCAACGGAAGCAUUACGUGGGGGGAGUGUACGACAGGUUAGCUUUUACGACGAUGAUGUUAGGUUUUGGCAACUUUGGCGUAACCGCUCCGCUGCUGCUGAACCACCAUCAGCAGUCAAUCAGUUGACUUCAGCCUUUAAUUCUCCUGCUCCAUCAACAAAAGGAAGGCAUUUUCUAGUCAUAUGCUGUGAAAAUAAGGCCAUAUUUCUGGACUUGGUAACGAUGCGUGGUCGGGAUGUACCAAAGCAGGAUCUGGAUAACCGCUCGCUUAUCUGUAUGGAGUUCCUCACGGCGUCAGGAGAUGGCCCUCUUGUUGCUUUUGGUUCAUCAGAUGGUGUGAUUAGAGUCCUUUCAAUGAUAACGUGGAAGCUUGUAAGAAGGUACACAGGGGGUCACAAAGGGUCGAUAUCUUGCUUGAUGACCUUUAUGGCUUCUUCAGGAGAGGCUCUACUUGUCUCUGGUGGUAGUGAUGGUUUGCUUGUACUUUGGAGUGCCGACCAUGGUCAAGAUUCACGAGAACUUGUGCCUAAGCUGAGUUUGAAGGCACAUGAUGGUGGCGUUGUGGCGGUUGAGUUAUCUAGAGUGAGUGGAAGUGCACCUCAGCUCAUAACAAUAGGUGCAGAUAAGACUUUAGCCAUUUGGGAUACAAUGUCAUUCAAGGAAUUACGGCGUAUCAAGCCUGUACCUAAAAUGGCUUGUCACAGUGUGGCAUCUUGGUGCCAUCCUCGAGCACCAAACCUUGAUAUAUUAACUUGUGUCAAAGAUUCACAUAUAUGGGCUAUUGAGCACCCCACUUAUUCCGCUCUAACAAGACCGUUAUGUGAACUUUCCUCUCUAGUUCCUCCACAAGUUCUUGCACCUCACAAAAAGCUUAGGGUAUAUUCAAUGGUUGCACAUCCCUUACAGCCACAUAUCGUAGCAACCGGAACAAAUAUAGGCAUCAUACUCAGUGAAUUUGAUCCGAGAUCUCUUCCAGCUGUUGCUCCGUUACCAUCAAUACCAGAAAGCCGUGAACAUUCAGCUGUGUAUGUAGUUGAAAGGGAACUGAAACUGCUACAGUUUCAAUUAAACAAUACCGCAAAUCCUUCUCUUGGAAGUAAUGGAUCCUUAACUGAAACAGGAAGAUUACGGGGAGAAUUUACCGAACAACUAAAUGUUAAACAGAUGAAAAAGCAUAUUAGUACUCCUGUUCCACAUGAUUCGUAUUCUGUUCUAUCCGUCAGCAGUUCUGGAAAGUAUCUAGCAAUCGUAUGGCCCGAUAUUCCAUACUUCUCAAUCUACAAGGUGAGUGACUGGUCGAUUGUUGAUUCCGGCACUGCAAGGCUUCUGGCUUGGGAUACGUGUCGAGACAGAUUCGCACUUCUGGAAUCCGCACCACCUCCUAGGAUGCCCAUAUUACCUAAAACCAGCUCAUCAAAAAAAGCCAAGGAGGCCGCCGCCAUUGCCGCCGCACAAGCGGCAGCAGCAGCUGCUUCUGCUGCAAGUGUUCAAGUCCGUAUUUUGCUCGAUGAUGGCACAUCCAACAUACUAAUGCGGUCAAUUGGUCAACGCACUGAACCAGUCAUUGGAUUGCAUGGAGGGACGCUACUCGGUAUUUCCUACAGAACGUCAAGAAGGGUUAGUCCCGUUGCCGCUACAUCUAUUUCAUCAAUCCAGUCAAUGCCCUUAUCGGGCUUCGGAAGCAGUGGCGUUUCUUCAUUCAGCACCAUUGACGAUCCCUUUGCUUCACAAAAGAAUUCUGCUGAACCACCACCUCACAACUUUCAGUUAUACAGUUGGGAAAGCUUUCAACCUGUUGGCGGAAUGUUACCUCAGCCAGAAUGGACAGUGUGGGACCAAACCGUUGAGUAUUGUGCGUUUGCGUAUCCUCAAUACAUUGCCAUAUCGUCGUUGAGACCUCAGUAUAGAUACUUGGGUGAUGUGGCAAUUCCUCACGCCACUGGUGCAGUGUGGCAUCGAAGACAGCUGUUUGUGGUCACACCGACAACAAUCGAGUGUGUAUUUGUGGAUGCUGGUGUUGCUCCAAUUGAUAUUGAAACAAAACGGAGAAAAGAAGAGAUGAAACAAAAGGAGGCACAGGCAAGAGCUGUUGCAGAGCACGGAGAGCUAGCGUUAAUUGCGGUUGAUACUCCGCAAUCCGUAGCACAGGAGAAGAUAUCACUCAGACCACCAAUGCUACAAGUUGUGCGGUUAGCAUCGUUCCAGCAUCCACCUUCUAUUCCUCCUUUCUUGACAUUGCCUAAACAAACCAGAUCCGAUGCUGACGACGCGUUACAAAAGUUUGCCGAAGGUAAACGAGUUGAUGAGAUAGCAGUUGGUGGUGGAGGGGUGGCGGUUGCAGUCACUCGUUUUCCAUCAGAGCAAAAGCGACCUAUUGGACCCCUUGUUCUUGUUGGCGUCAGGGAUGGUGUUUUAUGGUUAAUUGAUAGGUACAUGUUUGCUCAUGCAAUAUCCCUUAGCCAUCCUGGAAUUCGAUGCCGGUGUCUUGCCGCCUAUGGGGAUGCUGUUAGUGCAGUAAAAUGGGCAAGUAGACUUGGUAGAGAGCAUCAUGACGAUUUAGCUCAGUUUUUGCUCGGGAUGGGUUACGCUACAGAAGCCCUUCAUCUACCAGGAAUAUCUAAGAGGUUGGAAUUCGAUUUGGCGAUGAAGAGCAGUGAUCUAAAACGAGCUCUUCAGUGUCUUCUGACGAUGAGUAACAGCAGGAAUAUAGGGCAGGACACUGUCGGGCUGAACUUAAACGACAUAAUGUCGUUAAGUACAACUACUAAUAAUACUAAAAAGGAAGCUAUUGUGGAUGCUGUUGACGGGGUGGUCAAAUUUGCCCAAGAGUUUUUGGACGUUAUAGACGCAGCAGAUGCAACCGGACAAGCUGAGGUGGCGCGUGAAGCGCUAAAAAGGUUAGCGGCUGCUGGUGCGGUGAAGGGAGCUUUACAGGGUCAUCAGUUACGGGGACUAGCUUUACGCCUUGCUAAUCAUGGAGAAUUGACCCGACUCGGCGGGUUGGUGAACAAUUUGAUAUCGGUGGGCUUUGGACGCGAGGCCGCAUUUGCAGCUGCCGUUUUGGGAGAUAACACUCUUAUGGAGAAAUCAUGGCAAGAUACUGGAAUGCUAGCAGAAGCUGUGCUUCAUGCCCAUGCACACGGGCGGACCACACUCAGGACUUUAGUUCAGGCGUGGAACAAAACACUACAAAAGGAGAUGGAACACGGGCCGUCAACUAAAACCGAUGCAGCAAGUGCGUUUUUGGCGUCUCUUGAGGAACCAAAACUCACGAGCCUUGCAGAUGCAGCAAAGAAACCACCGAUUGAAAUUUUACCCCCCGGAAUGCCAUCUAUCGAUGCUCCUCUUCCUGGAAUUCAGAAAAAAACAAUGCCUACGUUACAAGGUUCCCUCCCGCAACCGCCCAAACCUUUGCAAUUAGAAGGACCUCCCUCCGAUUCACCACCCACCGCCGAGUUGGGUGCUGUGCCGCCUGCUGAAUCCGGGGCUCCACCACCUGCAGCGGAAUCCGAGGCUCCACCAUCCACAGCGGAAUCUGAGGUUCCAUCGCCCGCAGGGGAUUCUGAGGUUGCACCACCGGCAGCUGAAUCUGGGGCUACGGUUCCACCUACUGCUGAAUCUGAGGCAUCACCAACGGAAGCUACCCCAGAGUCAGGAGCAACUCCAUCGUUGGAUUCGGGAUCGGGUGUUGCUACGGCAGAGUCGAGUGCGCCUGGUGUACCUUCAGAAAGUCAGACGCCGGUCAACGUCAACAUCGCGGAUCCGGUUAGUGUGACAAAUGAUGGAUCUUUGAACUCUUUAAAUAGUACACCACCUCCAACAGUGGCACCUACUCAAAAACCACAAGUUCCAAGUGGUGUCCGUGAGGAAUUACCGAUGAUCGACUGGACUUGAUCCGUCUCUUCUCGUAUGUUGUUAUAUACAGGUUGAUAAUUCAUUUUCGUUUUAUUUUUUGAAUAUCGAGUUGGCCGUUUUUCCAUUGUUAGAAAGACACAUUUUUGCUUGUUUUGUUUGGCAAAUGGUGGUGUUGAUGUUGACAGAAGAGUGUAUUGUCCUUGUUCUAGACCAUACUAUCGUGAAUUUGGCAUAAUUGAAGUAGAUAAUUCUCGCUAAUUUAGUUUUGGAAUAUGUUUAAGUUUAA